AGCUGUGACAGAUUAACAUGUCUGUGUCGGUUAACAUGUACUUUUGCCAUAUGAUCGAGGAGAUCGUCAAGUUUUCGCCUUUCGCGAACACGACCUCUGCAGGAUAAUCUCUUCGCGACGUCACACGUUAACAUUAUAGCACCAAGAUACAGCGCACUGAAGUUUUCCUAGCCCUGGAGAUAUGUUGACCCAGCCAUGGACAAGAUCAUCUUCCGCAUGGACACAGUCCUGUCAGAUGUGCACCUAUUGCUGCCCAACGCCCGCCACUUGAUGACCCGCCUUAACACUGUCGGCCAACCAGUCUUCGUCUCUAAGUUUAGGAUCCUGUGGGAUGUGGAGGAGAGGGAGAUUGACUGCGGUGGGUCCUCCCCAGGGAGAGCUGCGGACGGCAGCCCCUCCGGUCCGAGUGAGGUACCCCUGGAUGACGAUGGAGACCUGGAUGUGGUGAGGAGGCCCAGAGAUGCCUCCCCAGAUCGAGAGAGGGUGUGUCCCAUCAUCCUCAACCAGGCUUUGGGUGAUUCGGCAGAUGGCUGUGAGGAAGAGGACGAUGAGGGUGGAGAAGAUGCAACACAAUGCGAUGUCAUCAGAAUUGAACACACAAUGGCUACACCACUGGAAGAUGUUGGCAAACAGAUCUGGCGCGGAGCUUUUCUUCUGGCUGAUCUCAUCCUGUCACGGCCAGCUGAGUUCCAGGGAGCCACCGUUCUGGAGCUCGGGGCCGGUACUGGACUCACAAGUGUCGUCAUGGCAACACAGGCCAAAAUGAUGUAUUGCACAGAUGUGGGCCAGGACCUGUUGAGUAUGUGUGAAAGAAACGUGACUUUAAACCAACAUCUUAUUGAAGACAAAGUGAAUGAGGUGAAAGUCAGACAGCUCGACUGGACGGGAGAUGAUUUCUGCACAGAUGCUGAGAUACCCUUUUCCUGGACUGAGGAAGAGGUGUCUGACCUACACAACGAGACAUCAGUGAUAAUGGCCGCAGAUGUGUGCUAUGAUGACGAUCUGACCGAUGCCUUCUUCAGGACGCUCUACAGGAUAACCAGCCAUCUCCGAAACCCCAGCACUGCCUAUGUGUCCAUUGAGAAAAGGCUCAACUUCACGCUGAGGGAAAUGGACGUGGCCUGCGAGGCCUACAACCACUUCCGCCACUGUCUGGACGAGCUCUGUGACAUGGACGACGGCAAGAUGAAGUACCACGUGGAGCAGGUGCUCAGCCCCAUCCCCCAGUUCUUGCAGUACGAGAGGGUGGAGCAGCUGGAGGUAUGGAAGAUCGCUGCAAGCCAAAAAUGAACUCACAAGUGUCUCACAGCAUCUCCGUCUCCUGGCACUUCCUCACAGCAUCUCUGUGAAUCCUGGUGUCUGAUACAGAUGCUCGGUUUUGUAUUGCCAGACUGUGUAAAAUGUUUUAACUGUGAAGAGAAAAUGAAGCACAUACAGUAUAUGUUUUCGGAGUUGUUCACCAAUGUCGGAUGUCAUAUUCAUAUCUCUGAUCUAACUAUCCUGGCUAAGGUUGUUGAAUUAAUUUGUCCUUGUGUUUUUAAGGCAGAUAAAUGUUAUGAUGUCAAAAUAGGGAAUGGUCAUACAGGCCACUAAUUAUGUAUUUAUUAUUCAGCAAUGCAGGUUUCUUUCAAUUAACAACACCUCCCAUGCAGAAGUCAAUUUUGGUGCUUUUUUCUUCUUGGUGUUUGCCAGAGUUGAGUUUUCUUCCUUCAGUGUAAUGAAAUGUGUUUUUAAAUUAAAUGUAAUAGGUCAAUUGUUAUUUAAUUGUGCACAAUAAAAAAAAUGACA